AUGGAGACUGGCUGCGGAAAGCGGGCUGCAGUCACACCUCUUGACAAAGGCGAACCUGUUCGAACAGUAGAAAAAAAUUUCCGUCUAGCUAGUGUGCUUAGCAAGAUAUACGAAAAGAUAAUAAAAUAUCGAAUUAGUCCUCAUCUCGAUAAAACCCUGUCCGCUUUCGUUGCUGCCUACAUGAAGGCUUACAAUAAACAGCAUAUCUUAAUUAAGAUGCUUGAAGACUGGAAACUGAAAUUGGACAAUGAUUACAUUGUCGGAUCAGUACUGAUGGAUUUAUCAAAGGCCUUCGAUGGUAUUCCGCAUGACCUUCUUAUUGCAAAACUUCAUGCUUAUGGUUUUGAUGAAAGUUCUCUAGUCCUUAUUUUUCCCUAUUUAAAAAGGCGCUUACAAGCAGUUCGAAUAAAUGAUACUUACAGUGAUUUUCAAUCUGUUUUGUCAGGAGUAGCGCAAGGAUCAGUCCUUGACCCUAUUCUUUUCAAUUUCUACAUCAAUGACCUUUUUUAUUUCAUUAAAAAGGCUUCUCUUGUGAAUUACGCAGAUGACAACACUUUAACACAUUUUUCAAAAGACCUGCCUCAAUCAAUUAACGACUUGGAAAAAGAAGCAAGCAUCGCCCUUGCCUGGCUCAAUCAGAAUGAAAUGAUUGCUAACCCAGAAAAAUUUCAUGCUCUUCUAGUCAGAAUGGAUAAAGGUACCAUUGGACAUAGCAUUUCUAUUCAAGGGAAAACUAUAAAUUUUGAAGCUUCAGUAAAGUUGCUUGGCGUAACUAUUGAUCACAAACUUAAUUUUGACAUUCACAUAUCCGAACUUUGUAAAAGGGCAGCAACCCAGCUAAAUGUGCUCAAAAGACUUAAAUCUUUCAUUGGCUUUGAUAAGAAAAAGAGUGGAAGAGACAUAGAAUCACUUGUAAAUACAGUUCGUAGGUUUAGUCAUGACAUUGGCAUGCAAUUCGGUAUAGAAAAAUGUGGUGUAAUUAUCAUGAAGCAUGGAAAGAUGGUUACCUGUGAUGGAAUUGAGCUGCCAGAUGGAGAGAAGAUAAAAGGCGUCAACGAAUAA